AUGAAACGCAGUCGCCUUGAUUUCGAAGCCAAUGGCGAUGCGUCGUCCGCUUCACCUCCCCGGGGUGCUCUGCCAUAUCCUGCGUCGGAGGCUAACUCUCGACGUGAAUCAAUACAUGUACCCAAGAUUUCGCGAAAAAUACGUGCGUGCACCGAAUGCAAAAGGCAUAAAGUCCGUUGUGAUAUGAAGGCAGGGGAAUCGGUCUGCUCCAGAUGUCGUCGCAUGGGCUUGGAAUGUGUCGUCAACAAGAGCCUCCAAACUUUGCUGGACGAUGAAGCGGAGUACGUGCGCUUUGUUUCGUUUCAACCUGGAUUCCACCAAGCAGUCUCCUUGCUAACCCGAUUGUACACACUGUAUAGAUGGAAGACAACGAUAGAGCUUGCCAUGGCAGAUCUACUCAGAAAGGCACAACUACCAGAGCUCUCAUACUAUCAGGCCGUUGGCAAGUCAGCGGAAACACCGCAUAAGAAGAGCGGUCGACGGGGGUCUACAGUUUCUACAGACGACAUACAUACCUCGAGGGGCGACGUCGGAAGAGAUGCGACCGAUGGUGGUGCUAAAUCAGUGGAUGGAAUAUCCCACCCGCCUUCCCACACCACCCAGCAACGAUCGCAAAUUGCUAUUGACAGGGAAGAGAAACUAUUGGUUACUGCUCCAAUGGGCAGCUUGUAUGAAGUGACCCAGCUGAGUGAUAUUCAAGAAAGAACCCCCGAACGGCAUCAUACCUCGGACCGCGACACUGACCUUAUCUCGCGAGGGACUGUGGAUCCACAGGAAGCGGAGGAGCUGUUCUGUUUCUUUGACCAGGUGCUCAAUCGUUAUUUAUGGGAUGGUAUAGCCCUUGUGCAUAAGGACCUCACCUCAGUCCGAAACUCUUCUUCAAUGUUGUCUGCAGCCAUUCUCGCUGUUACAGCUUUGCAUAUGCCGCAAAAAGAAAGACUUUUUGAUACCUGCUACACCGAGUUCGCGAAAUUAGCAUCGGAGUCAAUGCUUGAUAGACACCAUACCUUGGAUGAUUUACGCGCAUUAUGUAUAGGCGCUUUUUGGCUUGCAGAUGUCAGUUGGAAGCUAUCGGGGAUCUAA